UAUUUGAUACGCCAGUCGUUUCUCCGAAAUUGAAUCGUGCACAGUAUCAAGUGAAUUUGAAUUGAGUUAUCAGUUCGUUUAAAUUCAAAAUGUAACAACACAUAAUGUGUUUAUUGUAGAACAUUAAUUAAAUUCUCAUUAAAGUUAGGAAAAACGUUAACUUUUCUUCAGUCGGAACUAACGAAAAUAGUUUUUUUCCGAAUUCAACAUCACUUAGCCUUAGUGAUCACUCAACGAGAAUUCAAACACUCUAAUUUGCAUCUUCAAGGGGAAUAAUUUUCAAAAUUUCGUUGCUAACAAUGAGCGGUAAAUCAUUCAGUAGACAGGCUUUGCGUACAGCAUUGCUUAUGGUAGUUGUUGCUUCCCAAUUUUUACAUGGUAUUGAUGCAAAAAAUGUGCGUCUGAAUUCUACAAAUUCAACAGGUGUAGAGUCCUUUUUGGAAUAUCAUUUCCACACAUACUUCGAUGUGAAUGAUCCCGUGCAAGUUGCUCAGGCAAUCGAAUUGCGAAAUGGUGUAAUUGCAAAUUGUGUGUCGAAAAAAAUUAUUGCUGUCCCUUUACAUUAUCACUAUGAUCCAGAGAAUCCAGUGUUGGAACAUAACAAUGAUACUAAAGGCUUGAACAUGCAGCCAGUUGGACCCCAUCCUAUUGGUUCGUUCGAAACAUGGGUACCGGUGGAAUAUUUCGCCAAAUUGUACGAAUGGUUUGUGCAAAAGCGCAGCCCAUUGACAAUCUUCGUUCAUCCAUUGACAAAGCAUGAGUUGACUGAUCACACAGCCAGAGUUGUUUUCAUGGGAAAAUCAUACACUUUGAACACAGAUACGCUGAGAGAAAUAAUUCCGAACUUUAAAUCUCAAUAUGAAUAUCUUGGAUUGGGCUAUGCCAAUCCAGAAUAAUAAUUCUAAGCCAUAGAAAUAAAAGGAAAAUGUCAUCGAAUUAUUCCAAAUUAUCGGCUUUAAAUCAUCAAAAGAACAGCAAUAAUAAUCAAGUCUGGUGUUUGUAACAAAGUCGGCUGACGUCAAAUUAAAGUGUUUAUUUUUAUUACUCAUA